AUGUUAGUUGUUGGAUUGACAGGUGGUAUUGCCUGUGGUAAAAGUACAGUUUCAAGACGUUUUCAAGAACAUCAUAAAAUACCAGUUGUGGAUGCUGAUAAGAUUGCUCGUGAAGUUGUUGAACCUGGUGAGCCUGCAUAUGAUGCAAUUGUUAAUCAUUUUGGAGAGGAUGUGUUGAAAGCCAAUGGUGAAUUGAACAGGGAGGCUUUGGGCAAGAAAGUUUUUGGAAAUCCAAAAGAAUUAAAAAUUUUAAACAACAUUACCCACCCUGCCAUAAGAAAAAGUAUAUUACGUCAAAUUUUGCUCAAUUAUAUAUAUGGUUACAGUAUUUGUAUUUUAGAUAUUCCUUUAUUAUUUGAGAGUAAGCUGGAUAUAAUUUGUGGUGUUACAAUAUCAGUAAUUUGUAAUGAAAAAUUACAAAUUGAAAGAUUACUUGCUAGGAACCCCACUCUGAGUUCUGAAGAUGCAAAAAACAGAAUUGAUUCACAAAUGAAAAUGAAUGAUAGAAUUGAAAAAUCAGAUUAUAUUAUUACCAAUGAUGAGGAUAUGAAUAUGCUAUAUAAGAGAGUGGACAAUGUGGUUUCAAAGAUACAGCCUACAUUUUAUAGAACUAUCUUUGAAUGGAUGCCACCAUUUGGGAUUAUUAGUGCAUUGUGCGUAAUAUUAACUAGAAAGCUCAGAAAGAAAUCUUCUGUGCAUUAA